AUGGCAAAAAAGAAAACCAAGAUCGUCUCCAACCGUGGAUUUGCAACCACUUCAAGCCCUUCAAAGAAACUAGAAAAUCCACCACCGCCUAAACAAGAACAAGUACCGGUAGAAAAACCCCAGAAGAAAGAGAAAAAGUCUGUACCUACACCUACCCAAAGCGAUUCUAUUGAACGCCUCUUAAAGAAAUAUGAGUCACUCAACGACCACAAGGCGCAAACAAGUUUGGAACGACUUACCAAAGCGGACCCUGUUCCUGAAGAAAAAAUUAGAAAAUUUCGACUCGGUUCCGACUUGGAGAAGACUCUAUUACAAAUUGCAAAGCAUAACAAGAAAGCCCAAUCGUCCGAGUUUUUCUUGAACCAAAAUGAUCAAGGAAAAGAGAAAAUAGUGAGCCAAUUUGAUAUAUUGUACAGAAUGUUGAUUAAAAUGGGAUUUGAAAGCCAAGACAUCAGUUUAUCAUUCGAGUCCACUUUAUCAACAACAAUUGAUGAUCACCUUGACUGGCUUUGUUUAAAUGUGCCUUAUGAGAGAAUGCCUGUUGGCUUUUUUGACAAGUAUUUUGAGGACGAGGAUGAUCAGACUUUGACAUUGAUACAUAAUCAAUCAAAAAAACAACACAAUUUAGCUAACGCAUUGGCAGUCGAGCAACCUCAUCAAGAAGAAGCCGUUGUUCUAGACACAAGUCAGAUCAUUAAAGAAGAAGAUUCUGAAAUUAAAUCUCGUAUUUUAAAAGCUGCAGAAAACUAUAUGGAAGAAGAAGUGGAAGAGGAUGUGAAUGAGAAAUAUGCUCAAUACAAACUAAAGUUGACCAAACUUCAAGAGUUGUUGCCUUCAGAAAACACAGGAAAGAAAAACAAAAAGAAAGAUUCUGUACAACAAACAAAAGCUCCAUUGACAGAUGCUGAAACACAAGAAACAAUGAAAAGCAUAAAAAAACUCAAAGAUACAUUAUCCAGCCUCGAAGCAGAUUGGGAUUUUGACAAAACAAGAGCACAGGAGGUUUAUAUAAAACAACUUGAAGCAUUGAAAGAAGAAGAACGCCAAAAGAAAAUCGAACAAAAACGUCAAAAAGGAAUCGAGGCAGCACUUGAAAAGCAGCUUAAAAAACAAUCAGCCCAUGAUUCAGACAAGAGUGACGAUGAAGAUGGCUUGUUUGGUGGCAUGCUGAUGAAUGAAGAAGAGGAGCAAGCUGCAAUGGCCACUGCUCAUCAAAACGGCACUUCAUCCUCAUCCAAGAACUGGAGCAUAAUUGACUUUGCUGUACCAAAGUCCUAUGUUGGAAGAUACCCUAAAGAUUUGCUAUUAGAGUACUGCAACAAGCACCAUUUAGGAAAGCAAUCGUUUGAUUCCACAAACAUAGGUUCUGGUAUUUGGAGAGCGAGCUUAAAGAUUCGACAGAACAGUUAUGACAAUUUAUCAAUGCAAUUUGAAUUACCUGAAGGUCUGUGUUGUACUAGUCGACAAGAUGCAGAACAGCUAGCUGCUUUCUAUGCUUUAUUUGAAAUUGAUUCCGAUUCUUCCGUUUAUAAGGUACUACCAAACCCAUUUAAAGACUUGUGGAAUACAUGGUUUAGUGAGAAACAAAAUCGUCAAGACGGACCUAGACUUGAGGCUGAAAGAAAGCGCUUGUCUUUUUUGGUCGAUUUGGUAGACAAAGCAUUUACCAAGAAUGAUAGCAAUAAUAGUUCUACAGAUAUCACCAUUGAACAAAAUAAUACAAGUGAUAAGGUAGUAAGUAGAUCAAAAGAAAGCGUAUCAAAGCAACAAAAACUAUUUGGUCGAGUGCAAGCCAAUUUCAAGAAACGGUUGCAAAACGAAGACUAUCUCGCCAUGAAAAGCAAAAGACAAGAUUUACCUAUUUCUGCUUAUCGAGACCAAGUUCUGGAGCUGAUUCAAAAGAACCAGGUUCUUAUUAUUUCUGGUGAAACAGGCUGUGGUAAAAGUACGCAGGUACCUCAAUUUUUGGCAGAACACCUCUUGUUGGAUUCACAGACUGCUGGCUCUAUUAUUUGUACACAACCUCGCCGUAUCUCUGCUAUGUCUAUUGCUAACAGGGUAUCAACAGAGAUGGGUGAUCCGUUUAAAUCGACAGGUAGUCGUGACUCUAUGGUAGGCUAUCAAAUCAGAUUGGAGAGCAAAAUGUCUCCUGAAAACGUCUUGCUCUUUUGUACUACCGGUAUUCUUUUACGUCGAUUGGAAAGUGACAAGCAUCUUGAUGGUGUCAGUCAUAUUGUUGUAGAUGAAGUGCAUGAACGUACCAUGGAAAGCGAUUUCUUACUUAUUAUCUUGAAAAAUCUUUGCGCUGUCAGAACAGAUCUUAAAAUUAUCCUUAUGAGUGCUACAGUUGAAGCGAAUCGGUUUUCAAGCUAUUUUGGAAACUGUCCUGUUAUUUCUGUACCAGGAAGAACUUUUCCAGUGCAUGUACAGUACCUUGAAGAUGUGAUUGAAGAUAUAGACUAUGUUAUUGAAGAAGAUUCUCCUUAUGCUAUUAAGCGUGAUAAAAUCAAAACAGAGCAAGGCACUCUGAAUGUAUCGGGUCUUUAUGGUUCUACCAAGCGCAUUUAUUACGAAAUGUUUGAACAAGACUCUGAUGACGACGAUCCAUAUGACCCUGCACGUAUUGAAUCAAAACUAACAGUCAACUCUGAGAAAACUAAUGAUACCGAGGAUGAAGACAACACAAAUGUGAAUAGAUACAGCAGGCGAACGCGAAAGACACUCAAGCGUCUAAACGAAAACAAGAUCAAUUAUGAUUUGAUCCUUGAAUUACUUGACCAUAUCUAUUCAAAACAAAAGAUUCCCAGUGAAGAUGAAUCAAAAAAUAGAAAAUCUGAGAAAAAAGAGACCAAAGAAGAAGACGAACAAAAGGCAAAAAAAAACAAAGGAUUCAAAAUUCCAGAGACAGGUGCUAUUCUCAUAUUUCUACCUGGCAUGAACGAAAUCAGAAAACUCUAUGAUAUUGUCUCUAGCCAUCAUAUUUUUGGAGACCCCAAAAAGUUUCUAUUGAUAGCACUUCAUUCCACAUUAUCGUCUGAAAAUCAAGAGAAAGCAUUCGAAAUUCCUCCAGAAGGUGUUCGAAAAAUUGUCUUUUCCACCAAUAUUGCAGAAACAGGUGUCACUAUCAGUGAUGUUACUAUUGUGAUUGAUACGGGUAUGGCUCGAGUCGUAAGUUACGAUGAAAAAAAGAGGGUGACACAUCUUCUUCAAAAAUACGUUGCAAAAGCAAACGCUCGUCAAAGAAGAGGCCGUGCUGGUCGUGUACAAGAAGGUGUUUGUUUCCAUCUCUUUAGUAAACAAAAGUUUGAACAAAUGCCUGAUUUCGAAUUACCUGAAAUUCUUCGAUUGCCUCUUCAAGAGUUAUGCUUACGAAUCAAAGUAUGCGAUUUGGGUAGUAUUCGACAUGUUCUGAGCGAUGCAUUGGAUCCCCCAAGUGAUAAGAUGAUUGAAAAUGCUCUUCUUUCUCUACAAGAGGUUCAAGCAUUAGCUAUUGACAAUGGCAAAGAGGUACUUACGCCUUUAGGCUCUCACCUAUCUAAUUUGCCUGUGGAUGUCCAUAUGGGCAAAAUGAUUAUUUAUGGUGCACUUUUCAGAUGUCUUGAUCCUAUUUUGACAAUUGCUGCAGCACUUAGUUUCAAGAGUCCGUUUAUUCGACCUUUUGGCAGAGAAGAUGAAGCUGAUAUAGCCCGUGCUCGCUUCCAAGUUGGCAACUCAGAUUUCCUGACCAUCUACAAGGCUUACUAUGUCUGGAGAGAAUACCUUACGGACUUGCGCUCCGACAAGCUACUCUCUAAUUCCAGUAUUCGGCGAAAAAUGACUAGUUUCUGCAAAGAAAACUUUUUGAGUGAACAGAAUUUGGAAAUGAUUGAAGGCAUGAAGCGCCAGUACUUGGGUCUGCUGAUCAGUAUUGGGUUCGUCAAGCCAAACGAUGGUGAUGAGUUUAAAUCAAAUCCUUACGAGGUAAAGCACUCGGGCAUCCAAUUAUGUCAGGUACCUAAUUUGUACAACAUGCAUGGAUUUUCGGUCCCUGUGAUUAAUGCUGCAUUGACUGCAGGCUUGUACCCAAAAAUUGCAGAAUAUUCAAAGCAGACAAAGCAGAUGGUACACAAGAAUAUUGAGUUACAAAUCCAUCCUUCUUCGAUGCUCUUCCAUAAAGAACAUUUAUUCAGAUCUGAAUUCUUGAUUUACAACACAGUCGUAAUGAAUAAUUCAAAUACGUAUGCUAAAGACAUGGUUUAUAUGUGGGAAGCAUCAACCAUUGAUCCCGCAGCAAUCGUAUUGCUUUCAACAAACAUUGAUAUUAAGCAUUACCAAAGAAGAAUGGUAUUGGACGAUUGGCUAUAUUUUGACUGUUUUGCUAGAACAGCGGUGCUAUUGAAAUUCUUGCGCGAAGAACUGAAUGAUUGGUUAAGAGUAAAAAUGAAUCAACCAGAUUUGGACCUUAGUGUGCGUAAUGAAAAAGUAUUACAGGCACUAGUGAUGACAUUCGAAUCUACUGCUUUGUAA